AUGGCAAGGCUGGGGACUUUCUGCUUGACUGUCCCUAUUUUGCCUGAGGCAACUGAGGACUGUGUCAGAGAUAUAGUUGGUUUCACUCCUCCUCCCUACUGUCUUCCACAGGCUCUGCCUGGUAUCCUCAGAUUUAGGGUGCUGCUAGCCCUGCCAGGGGCCUUGGCCUCUGGGGUAGGCACAGAGGAUGGCGCAAGCUCCAGUGCUGUCACUAUCAUCCUGCUGUUCCUGCUCCUGCUGCUGCUUGUCACUGCCCUGGCCUUGGCCUGGCGUCGCCUCAGCCGUGCCUCCGGGGGCUACUACCACCCAGCUCGCCUGGGUGCUGCUUUGUGGGGCCACACCCGCCGCCUGUUCUGGACCAGCCCUGCAGGCCGCUGGCUUUGGAUCCGCACUGAGCUGGGAUUCCCAGGGCAGCAGGAGAAUGUCAUGAUGAUGGGUGGUGUCCCUGAGGAAGCUGACCCACAGGAAGAGGAGCAGCAGUGUGAAGCAGGAGAUGAAGCAAAGCAGGCCCCAGAAACACAGGACACAGACAGUGAAGCGGGCCUGGGCCUCAGCUCUCAAGGUCCUGUGGGCUCCGGCAGCAGCGCUGAGGCACUUCUGAGUGACCUGCAUGCCUUUUCAGGCAGCGCAGCCUGGGAUGACAGUGCCGGAAAAGCAGGGGGCCAGGGCCUCCAUGUCACAGCACUGUAGGAGCCAGCUUGUCCUGUCCAUGCCCCAGCCUCUGACUAUCUCUCUUUCCAUGUUGUCAUGAUGAAACACAAACCGCCCUGGACCUUCGUCACCCUACCCUCACAUGCAGCUUCUCAGACUG